CAUUAAUAAGAAGAAGAAGAAACGUUAUCUACAUACGAAGGUCAAAAAUUGUUUUAAGUAUCGAUUUAAACACUCAAACUGUAGCAAUGCUAUUGCAAAUGUAUAUAGUUAUUGCUUGUAUAGUUCUGUUGAUAUUAAGAAUGAAAUGGAACCAACAUAAACAAUUGAAACGUCUGAAAGAGUAUAAUUUACCAAUUCGUCCAGUUAUCGAUGUAAUUCAUAUAUUUUAUACAUCAAUGAUGAAUAGAUAUAACCCAGAUUAUAAUCCAUACGUUUGGAUUUUUCAAUAUUUAUAUGCAAACAGUCGUAUAUACGAUAGAGAAAGAAUUUAUUCGAUUUGUGUGGCUGGAAACGUAUUUGUACAUCUAUACAAACCGGAAUUUAUAAAAACAAUUAUAAACAGUCACACGGUUCUAGAUAAAGGUUUGAUGUAUAAACCUAUAAAUUCGUGGCUAGGAAAUGGGUUAAUAACUAGAUCCAGAGAAUUAUGGAAGCCAAGACGAAAGUUAUUAACACCAGCAUUUCACUUUAAAAUUCUAGAAAAUUUUCAUAUAGUUAUCAAUAAACAUUGUUUUAUUUUAAUCGAUAAACUAGAGAAAAAAGUACAAGAUCCAUGGGUGAACAUCACUCGCAUGUUAUCCUUAUGCACUCUUGAUAUUAUAGCAGAAACUGCAAUGGGAGUAGAAAUAAAUGCUCAACAGGAUGAAGAAUCUGAAUAUGUCAAGGCAGUUAAUAGGUNAAUCUGA